AUAAUAUAAUACAGAAGAGAAGAGAAGAGAACAGAGCAUUCAUGCAAGAAAAUCCAAAAUUACACCUUCAAUUCUUCCAUUCCAUCCGUCGAAACCUUAGCUAUCACCUUAACACGUGCACUUCAACCAUUACAUGCACAUAAUCAUCUUCAUUUUCAUCUUAAUCUAUACCUUCUAACUCAUCACACUAUUUUUCUAACUCUUCUUCUUCUUCCCUAUUUAUUUUUUUCUUUUUCCAAACACACCAAAUCUCCUUUAACUUCUUUCUCUCUCUCUCUCUCUGUUUUUUAUUUUUUAUUUUUUUUUUAAAAAAAAAAGAAAAAGAAAAAGAAGAAAGAAAUGGAUGCAGUUAACUCUAUGCUGAAUUGGGUGGUACCUCCGGCGAGUAUGGUGAUGAUGGCGUGUGCUUGGCCAGCUCUAUGCUUUAUCAGUGCUUGUGAAUGGGUUUACAGUUCUUUCAACGAAGAGAAUAUGGAUGAUAAAGUUGUCAUUAUCACUGGAGCUUCUUCUGGAAUUGGGGAGCAAAUUGCAUACGAGUAUGCAAAAAGAGGGGCAAAUCUUGUAUUAGUUGCAAGAAGAGAGAAUAGACUGAGAGGUAUAAGUGAGAAUGCACGGCUUAUUGGGGCAAAGCAUGUGAUGAUUAUAGCUGCAGAUGUUGUCAAAGAAGAUGAUUGCAGAAGAUUUGUCAAUGCAACCAUCAACUUACAUGGCCAUGUGGAUCAUCUAGUGAACACAGUAAGUUUAGGUCAUACCUUUUACUUGGAAGAAGUUACUGAUACAUCUGUCUUUCCCCACUUGCUGGACAUUAACUUUUGGGGAAAUGUUUAUCCAACAUUUGUGGCUCUUCCUUACUUAUACCAAAGCAAUGGUCGAGUCAUAGUUAAUGCCUCAGUAGAGAACUGGUUACCUCUGCCUAGAAUGAGCUUAUAUGCUGCGGCGAAGGCAGCUCUAAUAAACUUCUACGAGACACUGAGAUUCGAAGUAAAAGACGAGGUGGGAAUAACAAUCGCGACACAUGGUUGGAUCGGGAGCGAAAUAAGUGGUGGCAAAUUCAUGCUAGAAGAAGGUGCUGAGAUGCAAUGGAAGGAAGAAAGAGAGGUACAUGUUGUUGGUGGUCCAGUGGAGAAAUUUGCAAAGUUGAUAGUUUCUGGGGCAUGUAAAGGAGAUCCAUAUGUAAAAUUUCCAAGUUGGUAUGACAUAUUCCUACUAUACAGGGUGUUUGCACCAAAGAUUCUGAAUUGGACUUUUCGAUUGCUUCUGUCUCCAAAUGGUACUAAGAGAAGUACUUCACUAGUGGGGACUGGUAGGCCUUAUGUUGCUCCAACCGAAAGGGCUUUCACAUUAGAAGGCACAUCUCCUAGGAAGACUCUCACCACAGCCACAGGGGUACCCCUUACCUUCUCUCCUCUCAGUCCUCCUCACCAGCUAAAAUAUGAAUAAUAAUAUUAUAUCUAUCUAUGUAUCUAUGUAUGUAUGUAUAUGGUAGUAUUCUCUUAUUUUAUGUUUUGUUUGUUUAAAAUUUUAUAUUUUGUCUUUUAAGUCUUUCUUAAUUCCUGAAUUUCUCACUCUCUUUCCUCACACUCUUGUUCAAUAAAGACUCAUUAAAAUACUUGAGCUAUAUAUUCUGGGUGAGUUUGUGUCA